CAAAAAGGCACAUCGUCUUUCUUUCUUUCUCUUCCUGUGAACGAUCGGCGUCUUUUCCAAACAAUUUCUCCCCAUCACAACCCAUAAACCCGCACCAAUACAAUCUCUCUCUUUUUUCUUCUCUCCAAUUCACAUGAAGAAGUCGUCGCUACACCUCCUCCCGAGUUGAGUCAGUUGCUCGUCUCUACUCACCAUGGAUGAUCUCACCAAGCAACCCCGAAUGAUGGGAGACUACGUGCUUGGAGAUAAAAUCGGGUCGGGCUCCUUCGCGGUGGUGUGGAAGGCCAUGCACCGGCAGCGAGGCGCGGAGUUUGCUGUCAAGGAGAUUGACAAGCGACAGCUUAGCCAGAAAGUCAGUGAGAAUUUGCUCAAAGAGAUUUCUAUUCUCAGCACUAUCGAUCAUCCAAACAUCAUUCGCUUUUUCGAGGCCAUUCAGACUAAGGAUAGGAUAUACCUUGUAUUGGAGUAUUGUGACGGUGGUGAUCUCGGGCACUAUAUUAAUCGGCAUGGAAAAGUUUCAGAGGCUACUGCGAAGCACUUUAUGAGGCAAUUGGCUUCAGGAAUGCAAGUGCUUCAUGAAAAACAUCUUAUUCACAGGGAUCUAAAGCCACAGAACUUACUCUUGUCAUCCAAUGAUGUGGCUCCACAAUUGAAGAUAGCAGAUUUUGGUUUCGCAAGAUCCCUCAACCCUGAAGACGUUGCUGACACACUCUGUGGUUCACCAUUAUACAUGGCUCCAGAGAUUAUUCAGAACCAAAAGUAUGAUGCAAAGGCUGACUUGUGGAGUGCUGGGGCAAUUUUGUUUCAAUUGGUAACUGGAAAACCCCCAUUUAGUGGCAACAGUCAAUAUCAGCUUUUCCAGAAUAUAUUGAGAUCCAAUGAGCUGCGAUUUCCCCAAGGUGCUUUAGAAGAACUACAUCCUGAUUGUGUGGAUCUUUGCAGAAGCCUAUUACGCCGAAACCCAGUUGAGCGGUUGACGUUCAAGGAAUUUUUUAAUCACAAGUUCCUAAGGGAGCCAAGGCCAGCAGUGAAUGCAGAUUGUUCUUCUCUUCUUCCAAUAAAGGCAAUUUCCAGGCAGUCUUCUUCUGCCUCUGAUGGGAAGCCACAAUGGCAUAUUGAGCAUUCCACGAUCUCUUCUGACAGGAAUACUAAAACAAGCAGUUCUAAUGUUCAUGAAGACGAAGGAUUACAUGGAAAAGAUCAAGGAAUUACUCCAAGCACGGAAGGUGUUCAUGGGCUUAUUUCACAUGUUCCAUGUGAUAUAAUGAAAUCAGUUGAUUGUGACCAAUGUUCAACCCACAAGCUUAAAGUUUCUGAUUCAAUGGAUUCUAUCGAGAAAGAAUAUGUCCUUGUUAAUGCUAAUUUUGCUUCAAUGGAGACUUCUUCGUAUUACCUUGGGACAUCUGUGCAAGAUAACUCUACUACAAGAGUGUCCAUUUGCCCUUCAAAGAAGAACAGCAAGGAGAUAGCAGUUACAACAGAAACAAUGGAGUUGGUCACUAGUCCUAUUGGUGGUGUGGAAGUAGAGGGUCUGAAGCUUCAUAGUUCAAAUUCAUUGGCAUCAUCUUGUGCAUUUACUGCGUCAAAGGAAGUGCAAGAACUCUCUGUGUUGCAUCCAUUGACUAGGCUUCACUUGUUACGCCAUUGUGUGCAGGCGCUUGCAGAACUCGCUCAAGAAAAGUACAAUGCAGGUCUGUUUCUGGAAUCAUUUUCACUUGAACUGGUGGUUUUGGCUAUAUGGGAGAGAGCUCUUGAAAUUUGCGGCUCCUGGCUAGCAUCUGUUUCAGAAAGGGAGUUACCUGAAAGCAGUUCAGCCAACAAAUCUUUUGGUUGUGAUGACUUAUUUAAGAAAGAAGACAAUAUUGAUUUUAGCAAAACUUCAUCAGUUUACCAGUGGGCGGAGCAAGGGUUUAUUAUUGCAUUUGACCGUGCAGAGAAGUUAUCAUCUCAUAUUCAACAAAUGGAUGCUUCUGCUGAGAUGCCUGAUGCUAUGGAAAUAAUAUUCCAAAAAGCACUCAACAUUGGGACCAGUGGCGCUAUAGAUGAGUACAUGGGGAACAAGAGUAGUGCAGAUGCAUCAUACUCUAAAGCAAUGCUUCUGUUGUCAUUCAUUGUAGGAGAAGCGACGACUCUGCCCAUGAAUCCUCCAUUUUCAUUGACUCCUGCUGACAAGAAGCGAAUCCAAAGCUACAUCGUCAACUUGCAGUCUCAUCAAUCUUACUAUCUAACAUCACAUACUACUCACAAACAAUUCCCUGAUUCUCUUACCAAGUAAACACAGCUGCUUAUGUACAGUUAUCACCGGCGCUCAGAUAUCUGGUUUUGGAAAAUCUCCCCCAGAGGCAGUACUAAUUAGCUAAGUUUUAUAUUGGAUUGGUUAAACAUCAGUCUCUAAGUGAUGAGGUACCUGACUAGGGUUCCUACUCUCUUUUUUUUCAUAUUUGAUGUAUAGAUGAAGCGUGUAAGGCACUGCCAGAUAUCUGGUUCUGGAAGACUGCCUUAUUUGCAUAGGAGAAUAUGUAAAUAAGACUACCUGCUCUUUUGCUGGACAAACUGUAAAUACAAAUGAUUUCAUGUAAAUGCGAGUUUGUAAAUAAAACCAGCAGAUGGUGCAUUCCC